AUGGAGGCUAACGUUGCAACUUUACAGAAAUGGCUAGAGAAAUCUCCAUUUUUUGAAAUAUCUGAUAAGAUCAAGGUGGUGGAUUCAAAAGAAUCAGGUAGAGGUGUCAGGCUGAUAAAUGAUAGGAUUCAAAAAAAUGAAAUUGUCUUCAGUAUACCCAGCUCUCACCAAUUGAAUUUUUACACCGUUUUAGAGAGAAUUCAUACAUUCAAGUCUGGACAUUUCUCUGAAGGCGAUGAAUCAAAUGAAGAUCGCAAUCUUAUAGCUGACGAUGAUCCAAGAUUUCGGGCAUAUGAAAUUUUAGAUGAGACAACUCUACUUAAGUUUAGCUCUUUCCAGCUACUAGCCCUGUAUAUUUUGGCUGAAUGGAAAUUUCUCCCACUAUGGUCCAAAAGUGAAGAAGUUACCUCAUUCUGGAAGCCAUUUUUUGAUGUUUGGCCCUCUAAAGAGGAACUGAUAUCGAUACCUGCAAUCUGGGAACUAAUACAGGAUUCAUCAUACAAAAAGCUAAUUCACUACUUACCAGAUGGUUCAAAAAAACAGCUAAAAGAGAAGGUUGAAUUAGUGAUGGAGGACUGGGAGAUCAUCUCCCCGAUUUUGAAAGUAUGGAAUAAAAUAUUCAACAUUACAGUAUCUUUGGAAACGCAGUUUCUAGAUUUCAUUCAUGUGUAUUUUAUCAUAAAUUCAAGAUGUUUAUAUGCAAAAAUCUCCAUUAAAGAGGACGAUGAUUCAAGCCAAUUUACUUUGGUUCCAUUUGUAGACUUUUUAAAUCAUACUGCUGAAAUCGACGUUCAUUGUUACCCACAUGUAACUAAGCCAAAGAUCAUACAGGACAAGGUUGGUCAGUUUACAGUAAGGUGUGGGAAGCAUUCUUAUAAACAAAGAGGUGAUGAGCUCUUUUUCAAUUAUGGACCACAUUCAAAUGAUUUUUUACUCAAUGAGUACGGUUUUACACUGAAAAAUAAUGAAUGGAAUUUUAUCGAUAUUUCCAACAUAAUAAGAAGAACAGUGCUUAAUACAGGAGGACCAAAAAUGCAAGCAUAUUUGCUGGGUCAAGGAUAUUGGGAUGACUAUACGAUCAACUUCGAGGAGAUCAGUUAUCGAAGUCUGGUGGCUAUUUGCUUAGUUGUGACAGAAGAUUACGAUAAGAUAGGUAAAUUUAUCAAAGGCUAUGUAUCUGAGUUAUAUUUCAGGCCAGCAAUUGAUGAAUUCGUGAAAAAUUUAUUGUCUUCCUUAAUGCAAGACUACAACGAAAAUAUCUCCAAUUUAAAUACAUUGAGAUCUUCUCAAAUUGAAAUCACUUCCUGGUGUAUCGACAAUAUCAUGACAAUAUAUGAAGGAUAUAUCAGAAUAAUUGGCAACCAUAUGGAUAAAUAUUAG